CAGCCGGACGCCCUGGGGCAGCCGGCUUCCCCCUUCCUCGGCCACUGCCCGGGAUCCACUUUGGCUGCCUCUGCUGCUCCAGAUCAGCUCCGGCAGCUAUUUUGACAGGCAGCUCCUGGACCGGCCCCCGCUCUGCAGCACUGCUCCAAAAUAAAAAUAUCUGCAGCCUCCUGCUCUCUGCUCAACUCACACCAAGGACCUCCCCGGGAGGGACACCCAUCGGCCAGUGAUUUCUAAGAGCCCCAGGACCAGGCGCCUCAUCUUCAUGUGUUUGUAAAGUUUGGACCACCCUGGUUCCCGAAGAGAGGGCAACCCCAGGACCCCCCUUUGACCCCUACGCCCCUUUAAUCCUGAGAUCGGCCGUGGUACUGAACUCUGCCGCCUCUGUCUCAAGAUCUUGAUCCCUCGGAGACCGCCCCUGUGGUAGUAACCCUGCAAAAUGGGCAUUAAAACUGCUCUGCCCACUUAUGAACUGGGCCUGUACGCGCUCGUGGUGUUGGGCGCCAUCUUUUAUAGCGGACAUGACAUCUUUGAAACCUCUCGAGAGAACAUGAACCGCAAGACCUUCCGAGAGAACAUAAGACCGGGAUGGCAUUACUUUGGCAGGAAGAUGGACACAGCUGAUUUCGAAUGGGCCAUGUGGUUCACCUCGUUCAGGAACUUCAUAAUCUUUGCCCUGUCUGGUCACGUCCUGUUUGGCAAGAUCUGCUCCAUGACAGCUUCUCAGCACCGGUCCGUGGUUUACCUGGUGUAUGGCUUGCUGGCUGUGUUUGGCACAAUGGGAGGAACAUACCUGAUGAUCAUCCUGUCGCACUGCUUGGUGCUGUACAGUGUCGCGCUGGCUAAGCAGAAAUGGCUGUGCUUUGUCGCAGGACUUUGUAGCCUGGCCUCCUUUAAGGUGGAGCCAUUCAGCUCUUGGCAGAAUGGGUUUGUAACAGGAACUUUUGAUCUUCAAGAUGUCCUCUUUUACGGAGGAACAGGCUUCAGCAUCAUGCGCUGCAUGAGCUUCGCACUGGAGAACUGUGACAGGAAGGAAGGGAACUUCUCCAUCUUUGCCCUGCUGAAAUACAACUUCUACCUCCCCUUCUUUUUCUUCGGACCUGUCAUGACCUUUGACCGAUUCCAUGACCAGGUAAAUGUCAGCGACCUGCAGCGUAAACAGAACGAGAUGUGGUACAUCCGUCUCCACGCGAUAGUCCACCUGGCGGCCAUUGCCGCCGUGGAUGUCUUUUUCCACUUCUUCUAUAUCCUGACCAUUCCUUCGGACAUGAAGUUUGUGAACCGCCUCUCCGACUGGGCCUUGGCUGGCCUGGCUUAUUCCAACCUGGUGUACGACUGGGUCAAAGCCGCAGUGAUGUUUGGGGUCAUCAACACCAUCGCUCGGCUGGAUCACCUGGACCCACCUCAGCCUCCAAAAUGCAUCACCAUGCUCUACGUCUUUGCGGAAACGCACUUUGACCGGGGAAUUAAUGACUGGCUUUGCAAGUACGUCUACGAUUACAUUGGUGAGAACCACAGCAACAUCUUGAAGGAGCUGCUGGCUACGAUCUCCACCUUCGCCGUCACCACCCUGUGGCUGGGGCCCUGCGAGAUUGUGUACAUCUGGUCCGUCUGCAACUGCUUCGGUCUCAAUUUCGAGCUCUGGGUACAGAAGUUCUUCGAGCUGGAGACGUUCGCGAGGAUAGAGGCCAAGAUGCCGGAAGCCAUGUCCCGGCGGAUAAGAGGCUUCUUUGGAGCAGCCAAUUUUUGGGCUAUCGUUCUCUACAACAUUCUUGCCCUCAACAGCUUGGAUUUUGCAAUCGUUGUUGCUCGGAGAAUUCUCCUAAUAGGUUUCCCCCUCAGCACCUUGUCCAUCUGGUUCAUCACUUACUGCGGCGUGCAGCUGAUCAAGGAGAGGGAGAGGCUGCUGGCCAUCCUCGAGGAGAAGGAAGCGAAGGAAAAGAGAGAAUGACGGAGGGCGGGAAGCCUGCUUCCAAAACGGCCGCCAACGCUCCGUGGCUAACUGGCUAACCGGCCGGGCAAAGCUAAAGCCCUUGAGUAUUCCGUCCCCUGCCACGAAACCGUUCUCCAGCCCUGUACAAACUCACCUGUUUAAUAAUACCUUUUCCUGUUUAAAUAAAGAGAAAUAUUUUCUAUAAGAUACGCCACCCAUACCAAAGUUUUCACCACAAAA